AUGCACGCCUACCAAGGCGACUUAACGGACCCGUCCGAUCCGGACCCGUCGGCAUUCUCUGCCUCAUCUGACGCCGACGGUCGGUUCCACGACUUCGACGUCGCCGGCGUCGGCCUCGGAUUCCAUCACUUCGCCGACCCGGAGCUCUCGGCCCGCCGCAUUGUCGAGCGACUGCGGCCCGGCGGCGUCUUCGUCAUUCUUGACUUCCUGCCGCAUGGGGCCACGGACGCCGCGUUGCCCGCGGCCAACACGGUCGUGCACCACGGCUUCUCGCGGGAGAGGAUGCGGGCCGUCUUUGAGCAGGCCGGCGCCAGCAGAGAUUUUGCCAUGGAAGAGAUCGGCAGCGGGGUUGUUUUCGGAGGGCAUGGCCACGGACACGGUCACAAUCAUGGACAUAAGCAUGGCGACAGCCAUGGGCAUGGACACGGGCAUAGCCACGGAGAGGGAAAAGAAGGAAUGAAGAGGCGGGUGUUCAUCGCUCGGGGAACCAAGAUGUAG